AUGUCUCGGAGAAGUACAGCAAACCAAAGCCGUUACAGCACUCUGGAAAAACCCGGGCGGUCUGGAAGAUACAGCAGCUCCAGCAGCCGGAACAGCUCUAGAGAAGUGCAGUGUGAUUUCUGUCUGGCUAAGAAGAACAAAGCAGUGAAGUCAUGUCUGACAUGCUUAACCUCAUUUUGUGAGACGCAUCUCCAGGCUCAUUAUGAGUAUCCAGCUCUCAUGAAGCACAAACUGGUGGCGGCAACAGGGCAACUGCGUGAGAAGAUCUGCGCGGAACACGAUAAACUUUUGGAGGUUUUCUGCCGUUCUGACCAAGCAUGCGUUUGUGUUUUGUGUAUCAUGGAGGAACACAAAAAACAUGAUAUUGUUUCAGCAGCUGCUGAACGGACAGAAAAGCAGAAACAGCUUGGGGCUAAACUGGUGUCUUCACAGCAGAAAAUUGAAGAAAGGAUAAAGAAAUGGCAAGAUCUCAGGCAGACAGUUGCAUCCCUAAAACAUUCAUCUCAGAGUGUACUAGAUGAAAAUGAGCGUAUUUUUGCGGAACUGCUGCGGGCACUAGAGAGGAGGCAUGGAGAAGUGAAGGAGAUGAUCCGAGCCCAGGAAACCCUUCUGCUGACACGUGCAGAGGGACAUCUGGCCAGGCUGGAGGAGGAGAUUACAUUACUGAGAAAGAAGCAUAAUGAUCUGGAGCAGCUGUCCCAAUCCGACGAUCAUAUUCAUUUCUUACAGAGCUGGCAGUCUCUUUCUGCUCCUUCUGGAUAUGAAGACUUGUCCAAGGUGACAUUAGCCCCUCAUCACACUUUUGACAAUGCAAAGAAAGCCAUCUUUGACCUGAAAGUGCAAUUAGAAGACAUAAGCAAAGAAGAACUGAACAAAAUCUCAUCUGCAGUGAAGGAGGUUAAAAUUCUCCAGACUCUGGACCCUGCAAAAAGGGAGGAGUUUUUAGAAUAUUCCUGUCAGCUCUCAAUGGAUCCUUCAACAGCCCAUCCAAACCUGCACCUGUCAGACAGAAACACAGUUGUGCGGAUGAGCAACAAGCCAAUGUCGUACCCGGAGCAUCCCGAUCGCUUCGAAUACUGGCAGCAGGUGCUGUGUAAGGAGGGUCUGGCCGGCGGUCGCUACUACUGGGAAGUGGAGUGGAGUGGCACAGAAAUAGACAUCUCUGUGACUUACAGGGGGAUUCAGAGGAAAGGAAAUGACAACGCUGGCAGCUUUGGGGGGAAUGACAAGUCUUGGAGUUUGUACUGCUCUGAAUCCAAGUACUCUUUUGUACAUAACAGCAAAAGCACAACUAUACCUGUCCCCAAUUCCUCAAGGAUAGGGGUGUAUGUAGAUUACGAGGCUGGAACAGUGGCGUUUCACAGUGUGUCUGACACCAUGAAGCUCUUGCACAAGGUUCAAGCUAAAUUCACUGAGCCUCUGUACCCUGGCCUUGGAGUCUGGGGAUAUGGGAGUACAGUACGGCUGUAAUUAUAGAGUAAAGUGUUCAUCAGAAUGUGGUUCUCCCAUAUGCAUUGUAUCUUAUUUAUCAUAGUCAAUUCAGUGAGAACAGGAAGUGAGCUACUUUCCUUCCCUGGGCAUUUA